GAUGCCACCACUCUACGGUCUAAUCUUAUACCUGCUUCCUUAUAAAUACAUAAAUAUACAACGCUCCAAAUUGCAUCUCAAGCAACUUCUCUCCUGCGCCAUCUUCAUCCCAUUCAUUCAACUCCAACACACAUAUCAGAUAUUCAUAUUGAGCAUAACUGUGAUAAAAACUUAGGCCCUUUCCUGGAAUGAAUCCAUUGUUUAUCAAAGAAUUUGGGAGAGAGUUUUGCAGUUCUCUUUAAUGGGCUGCUGCUAUUCAUCUUCAAAGAGAACCGGAACGCCAGGUUAUGAGGAACCCACCGUUCUUGCAUCUCAGACACCUUGUGAGUAUCAUGAUCCAUUAUUGAAUGUUACUGUUAGUGAAGUAGAAGCCUUGCAUGAGCUCUUCAAGAAGUUGAGCAAUUCCAUUAUUGAAGAUAAUCUUAUUCACAGGGAAGAAUUCCAGUUGGCACUAUUCAGGAACAGAAACAAGAAAAAUCUGUUUGCGGAUAGGAUUUUUGACCUGUUUGAUCUCAAGCGCAAUGGGGUCAUUGAGUUUGGCGAAUUUGUUCAAUCAUUGGGUAUUUUUCACCCAAAUGCACCUUUAGAAGACAAAAUUACUUUUGCUUUUAGGUUGUAUGAUCUGAGGCAGACAGGGUUUAUUGAAAGGGAAGAGUUGAAGGAGAUGGUAUUGGCACUUCUGCACGAGUCGGAUCUUGAGCUUUCAGAUGAUAUGAUUGAAAGCAUUGUGGACAAGACUUUUAGUGAUGCUGAUAUAAAUGGUGAUGGAAAGAUAGAUCAAGAAGAGUGGAAAGCAUUUGUAUCCAAACAUCCAUCCUUGAUAAAGAAUAUGACUCUUCCAUAUCUGAAGUCAGUAUAUUCGUUCUCCAUGAACCUUAUUUUUUCAGCAACUCAAAUUUCAGAAAACUUUCCUUUUCAUCCAUGUCUCCUCCCUCAUGUUUCAGGGAUAUUACGUUGGCAUUUCCAAGUUUUGUUGCAAGAACAGAAAUUGAAGAGUCGGAUAUGUGAAUUUGAAAGGUUUUGGCUUCAUAAAAGAUGCUAUAUACUAUAUACAAGUUUAUAGUAUCUUGGAUUUCGUCUCUUGAUAUUGUUGCUGUGAAGAGAUGACCUUAGCUGCAGUGCUAAAGACAAGAACAUAAUUUGGUCUACGGUUCCCCAACAAAGUUUCUAUACCCGCUUUCGCAAAUGCGCAGCUACCAAGUGAAAUUCUCUCUAGUUAGGUAGAUAUACCAAAGGGUACGAGUUAUUUACUUGAAUUGUUAAUUCAAAUUCAAGGUUAGCUUGUACAAGCAUUUUAUAUAUAUAUAUAUAUAUAUAUAUAUAUAUACACACACACACAAGAGAUGAAAGUAGG